CUCGCCCGAGUUCCAUCCCAGCCGAGGUCGAUGGCUGUCCGAGGCUUUUUGAACGUCUGCCAUCCUGACGUCGACAACCGCCAGUCCCAACCGUCGGUAACUGUUCGAUUUAGUUUGUUUCCGAAGGCCUGUUUCUGGAUAGCAGUAACCGUCCUCCCGGCGCAACGUCCAACGUCGUGAGCCUCUCCAAACGCUCGCACGCUGUUCCUGACCCCCACCCCCGCAGUUACAAAGUCUGGAGUGGAUAUCGACAUUGCCAGCCACGGGUGCUUUCUUUGUUGACUUCACUUGCUGGUGGGCUUUUUCAGUAAAACGAAAUGCUUGCUUCUCCGCACCCCGCAUUCUCAAAAGAUGGGAUCCCCCGCGUGUCAUCUGUCUUGUCUGGGGAAAUCUCCCUCUGCGCAUGUGAUGGCCGUACCGGGAAAGGGCCUCCGCGCAUCUUCGUGGGAGGUCGUGGAAUUUGUCGCUUGGCGAAGCCUUGGAUGUCGGCCCCAUGUUCCAAUCCGGUGUCCCGUUGCCAGUUGCGGAUUCCAACACCGGCCAUUGCCUCCACGGCCAAAAGCAUUGGGGAACAACCACCAUUUGGCGCCACAGGUCCACUGUUGUCGCUGGACCAGCCGAGGCUGACCUCUGCGACGAGAGAAACAAGCUCAACUUUGAGGGACAGCUUUUAGCCCACGGUUUCACAUCAAGGCGCAUCUGCAAACCAAGACUCAUGAUGGCGUAG